ACUCCUUCAAUCCCACUCGCUAUGGAAACCGAACCACCAAACCCGACCCGAGAACCCUUAGAAUCCGACCCGUCUCUCCAAAAGAAGCACCAAUCCAUGCUCGACCGCCUCACCCACCGCCACCAGUCCCGCCUCGACACCUCCCUCACGCGCCGCUCCGACCCCUCCCCCUCCUUCGAGUCCACCUCCGCCUUCCUCUCCCGCUUCUCCGCCGCCAAAUCCUCCGUCGACUCCCAGCUCUCCCUCUCCCGCCGCCUCCCCGCAGCCGACCUCAAGCCCCACCUCGACCAAAUCUCCGCCGCCGUCUCCGACCUCGACAAGCUCGUCGCCGAGAACUCCUACUUCCUCCCCUCCUACGCAGUCCGAUCGUCUCUCAAAUCCGUCGCCGAUCUCAGACAAACCCUAGACAACCUCUCCGCCGAGCUUUUGCCGAAGAAGAAAUUCUCCUUCAGAAACAAAGCCGCCGCAAAAACCGAGCCGAAACCGCAAGAGAGUGCUCCGGCUCCGGCGUCGCCGCCGGAGAAAUCGAAGUAUAAGGCUCCGGCGUCGCCGGGGAUAUGGAACAGGAAAGAUGAGACUCUAGUGAGGAAGUUUUCGGGGUCCGAAAUCGGAGAGUUCACGAUUUCUGACCUGGAUUCGUGUGAGGUGAGGCUGCUGGGGACUGUGAGAGCUCUAUUUGUGCAUAGAUUGAGGAAAUGUAGGGUCUGUACCGGCCCGGUGACCGGUUCGGUUUUGAUAGAAGGAGUUGAGGACUGUGUGUUUGUAAUGGCGUCGCAUCAGAUUAGGAUUCAUAAUGCAAAGAGGUGUGAUUUUUAUCUGAGAGUGAGGAGCAGGCCGAUUAUUGAGGACAGCUGUGGUGUGAGGUUUGCGCCGUAUUGUUUGAGGUAUGAUGGGAUUGAGGAGGAGCUUAGGGAGACCUGUCUUGAUGAGGAGACGGAGAAUUGGGGCAAUGUGGAUGAUUUUCUGUGGCUGAGGGCCGUUCAGUCGCCGAAUUGGUGUGUUUUGCCGGAGAACGAGAGAGUUGGUUUGGUGGAUGUUUCGAGCUCGGUGGAUAGCUGAGCUGGUACUGUGUUUCGGGUGGUUCUAGUAUGAGGUAACAUUCAUUCUAUGUUUGAAUGUUUUUCUUGAUAUAGAUGACGGCAAUGUGGGUUGAUUGGAUGUGAUUUGCGUUUCCUCUAAUAUUAGCUUUAUGUAUCUUGAUUUAUUGAUUGUUGAAUAUCACAUACAAUUGUAUCUUACAGGAUCUGUAGUGUUGCAAUAUGAGUUGUUGAACUUGGAUGUA